AUGUCCGACAACAAGGUCCAGGCCGUCGAGCCCGACCCGGCUGCCACUUCUCUCCAAAAUGACCAGACCGUCAACCCUCCCGCCGAGACGCCCGUCCAGGCGCCCGUUGACGCGACCAAGCCCGCCGACGAAGCCAAGCCCGCCGAGGAAUCUAAGCCCGCCGACGAGGCUCCCGCCGACAAGCCUAGCAAUGGCGACUCCAAGUCUGAGAGGCCUCGCAGGCAGUUCUCCAACCAAAAGAACCGUAACAACAACAGAUCAGUUCUCACCAGCGAGCCUGAAACCGAUGACCCGGUCUUGAUCCGCAAGCAGGUGGAAUUCUACUUCUCUGACUCCAACCUCCCCGCCGACGCCUACCUCAUGAAGCAGGUUGGCGGUAACGAGAACAAGUCGGUUCCCAUCAAGGUCAUUCACGGCUUCAAGCGCAUGCGCCGCUUCCAGCCCUACUCGGCCGUCGUCAACGCUCUGAAGGAGAGCGACUUCCUCGAGGUUGUGAACAAUGACGAAGAAAUCAAGCGCAAGGUGCCUUUGCCCGAAGAGUACGGCAAGUCCACCGACACUGCGGUCAACAUCUACCAGGACCGCGCCCAGCCGCGCAGCAUCUACGCCAAAGGCUUCGGUGAAGAGACCGCCAGCACCCAGUUCGACAUCGAGGCGUUCUUCAUGCCUUAUGGACCUAUCAAGGCUGUUCGUCUCCGCCGUGACAACCACGACAAGUCCUUCAAGGGCAGCGUGUUUGUCGAGUUUGACAGCGAAGCGACGCAGCAGGCUUUCCUUGCUCUGGACCCUAAGCCCAAGUACAAGGGCCAAGAUCUCGACAUCAAGAGCAAGAAGGAUUACGUCGAGGAGAAGGCCAAGCUGAUCAGCGAAGGCAAGAUUCGUGCGAGCUCUCCUACGAGGCGCGGCCGUGACGGUGGUGACUGGAAGCAGAGUAGGGGUGACUUCCAGAAGAGCGGCGAGUUCCGUGGCCGCGGUGGGCGUGGUGGACGUGGUGGACGGGGCGGCCGGGGCGGCCGUGGUGGCCGUGGUGGCCGUGGCGGUCGCGGUGGCCGUGAUAGCCGUGACAGCCGUGACGACUCUCGGGCUGAGAAGGCUGAGAAGGAGGACAACAAGGAGGCGCCUAAGGAAGCGGAGAACAAGCCGAAGUUCGACAAGAAGUCAGUUUCUUCGCAACGUCAUGACAACGGAAACGCUGCUAACCAAACCACCAGCGGCAUUCCCAUCGUCCAUGCCAGCGAAGCGCCUGCCGCUGACGAAAGCAGCAAGAAGCGCGCUCGCGAGGACGACGGCGCGGCCGAUGGCCAGAACGAAGCGAAGAAGGCCAAGGCUGACGAGGCCACCAUUGCUUAA